ACAGUAUACUAUAGUGUGUUUACUUUUUUCCACACUGAGAGCAUGCUGCAUUCCUGCACCCAGAGACCAGCCAGAGGGACUUUCCUGCCAAUCUGUGCCAUUGACCAGCCUGUGGAAAAGGGACCAUCUUACCAGCCUGUUGCAGAGGAACCAGCCAGACAAUGAUGUAUAACACAUCCUAGCAACACAGACAGGUCACAACUGUUUCUGCUGAGCAGUUAUGGUUCGUCUAACAGUAGAUCUCAUUGCAAGAAGCAGCAAUCAGCUCCGCAGCAGGAAGGAUGAGUCCCUCACUCAGCGUUUCAGAAGAGUGACGCAUCUGAACUAUUCUAAUAAAAACAUUGAUUAUGUUGAGGACCUAUCCAGGUGCAAAAACCUCACUGUCUUAUAUCUAUAUGACAAUAACAUUAGUCACAUCGGAAAUCUUGGAUUUGCAACAAAUCUGACCCAUCUGUACCUCCAAAAUAAUUGUAUAUACUGCAUAGAAAACCUGACUGGACUGAAAAGACUUGAGAAACUAUAUUUAGGUGGCAAUUAUAUCACUGUUGUUGAAGGUUUAGAAGGUCUUGAGGAAUUAAGAGAACUGCACCUUGAGAAUCAGCGGAUUCCAGCUGGAGAGAAACUACUGAUGGAUCCAAGGACACUUAAUUCUCUCACUAAGUCUCUUACCGUGCUGAAUAUCAGCAAUAAUAAUAUUGAUGAAUUAAAAGAACUCGCAGUUUUGGAAAACUUAACCCAGCUUGUGGCUGUGGACAACGAUCUUAGAGACAUAAAGGAUCUGGAGUUUGUUUUGAGCAAAUGGCCUCGACUGUGGAGGAUGGAUCUUAGUGGAAACCCAAUUUGCCACAAGCCUAAAUACAGAGACAGAGUAAUAGUUAUCUCAAAGACGUUAGAAAUCCUAGAUGGUAAAGAGAUCAACGAAAUGGCCAGGCAAUUCCUAGUGAACUGGAAAGCCUCAAAGGAUGCCCAGAAGAAAAUCAAAGAAGAGAAUAUGGCUGGAAGAUUAGUCUACCAACAGUUAUAUGCUUUAGAACAGCCUCGCGACCUCCUGCCUGUACUUCAUCAGACCACUAGUUAUCUAAACAAGGACAAAACAAAGUCUGCAUUUAUGGCUCAGAUGCAUAGUGACCAUAUGCAAGGCCAACUGCAAAGAUCACUGCCAAAGAAGGCCAUUAUUAUCAGUGAAGACACACGGCAAUUAGCUGUAAAGUAUCCUGCGAACUCACUGCCUGGACAAGACCUGAGCCACACCUACGUAGCCAAGUAGUUCUGUCAGCAGCAGAGAAAGUGUGCAGUACACUUACCUAGGCUGACCAUAUUAUCCCUUUAACCUGGGACACUCAUGACUUGCACAGGUUCUGGGGCUGCUUAAAACCAGGUGAAAUGCAGGCUUGUAGUCAGCCAGCCAGCCACAGAACCUGUGUAAUUCAUGAGUGUCCCAGGUAAAAGGGAUAAUAUGGUCAGCCUAGUCUUACCAUGCAAUUCUACAUGAUAGUACAGCCGGGUAUGGGUAGUUGGGUCGACACAACUUAGGUCGACAGUCAUUAGGUCGACCACUGAAGGUCAACGUGGGCAUUAUGUCGACAUGCACUAUGUCGAUGUGGUCAUUAGGUCGACGUACUAGGUUGACAGGUGAAAAGGUCGACAUUAGUUUUUGGACUUUUUUUGGUGUCGUUUUGUUCAUAAAGUCACGGGGAACCCCAAUUAGUGCACCGUGUCCCCUCGCAUGGCGAGUGAGCUUCAGGCAAGGUGCCUCACUCCACUACCGCUGCGCUCGGCACAGGUUACAGUUCCCAAUUGUAGUCCACAUGGAUCGUAAAGUAUGAAAAAGUCCAAAAAAAAUUCCAAAAAUUGCCCAUGUCGACCUUCAGUGGUUGACCUAAUGAUUGUCGAACUAAGCUGUGUCGACCUAACGACUGUAUCCCGUACAGCCAGUUAGCUCACUCCCCGCAAGUCUACGUGCAAAUAAUCUGCUCAUUCUGCAUAACUAAGGGGUGGCAUUCUUUGUUUAUAGAUUGUGUCACAUCUAAAGCUAAUUAUUUAAGAAAUAUGUCUAUCAUAUUUAUGUAUUUUUCAUCUGAAAUAUUCUGUACAACAGCGAAGGUUUCAGCAAGAAUAGAUAAUAUGAAUUCCUGUUUGUAGACAGGUGCACACGUUAUGGUGGCUUUGGUAUUGUGUGAUAAAGGUUUCUUUUAUUUGCAGUAUUUUUUAAAUGUACGUAAGUGACGUUCUCCAAGACUGGGGCACAGCAGUGCAUUGCAGAGAAAAGUGAUGUAGUGUUCUACAGCAAAUGUUUUAUUGUUCUUCUGCCUGGUCUGUCAGAUACAUUUGUAUAUAUUAAAUGUUAGCUUUUAAAAUGUCUUUAAUUAUUUGUUUAUUUUACUAACUAUACUUCUAAUUUUAUGACUAUAAUUUUGUUUUUUCGUGCUGUUGUGACUAUGGGCCUAAUUCAGACCUGAUCACAGCAGCAAAAUCUUUCUCUAAUGGGCAAAACCAUAUAACAUGCAGAGAGAGUUAGAUUUGGGUGGGUUAUUUUGUUUCUGUGCAGGGUAAAUACUGUCUGCUUUAUAUUUACACUGCAAUUUAGAUUUCAGUUUGAACACACCCCACCCAAAUCUAACUCUCUCUGCACAUGUUAAAUCUGCCCCACCUGCGGUGCACAUGGUUUAACCCAUUAGAAAAACAUUUUGCUGCUGCGAUCAGGUCUGAAUUGGGUCCUAUGUUUGUUAGUAGUUGCUAUGGCCUGGGAUUUGUUCACUUAGGAAGAUUGCACCAGGGAAUGUUGACUAUACAGUCUAGAAGAUGUGCAACAAUUGUGUAACUAUUGUGUAGUAUAACCCUAACUAUAAUCAAAAUCACCAGAAAAUAGAUGUUUUCAGGGCAUUACCCGGUAAAUAUUCUUUGAUAAGUAUGCCCCAAGGUAUAAAUAUGGUCCAAGGUAUAAUUCUUAUUCCUCUCAUAUUUCCUUCCCUCUUGGACAGGGAGCAAAGGAGGACAGGAGAGCAGAUAGGUAGUAAUGCUGAAGCCCAUCCAUGGAAGAAGAAGAGGGUGAUAAACUAAGCGGAAGGGCAGCUGGUGCCUGGUUCUGUUGAGCAUAUAUGGUUAGGAGAGCAGUGAGGAAAUUAAGCUUGAGCCCGCUCACAGGAAGCAGUGGAGGUUAGAAGAGUUAAGUUAUGUCUGCCCUUCAGGGAGCAGAAGAGGGUAGGAGAGCAGGGAGGAGUUGAAGAUAGAGUCUGGCUUUGGGUGCAAAGGAGAGUAGGAGAGCUGGGAGGAGGUGCAAAUAGAGCCUGGCCACGUAGAGCAGAGGAGGGUGGGGGAGCUGGGAGGAGCUGGAGGUAGAGCCUGGCCUCCUAUAGCAGAAGAGUGUAGGUGAGCUGGGAGGAGGUGGAGAUAGAGCCUGGCCACGUGAAGCAGAGGAGGGUGGUGGAGUUGGGAGGAGGUAGAGAUAGAGCCUGGUCUCUGAGAGCAGAGGAGAGUAGAAGAGCUGGGAGGGGGUGGAGCUAGAGCAGGCCUUGGGAGCAGAAGAGGGUAGGAGAGCUGAGGGUAGCUGAAUCAUGACCCCAUUGAAUGGAGGAAUAUAAAAGAGCUGAUAAGAAGUGAAGCUGGAUCCUGUCUCCGAGAAAUGGAGGAGGUUGGGGAGCUGAGAGGAAGGGUAGCUGAUGUCUGCUCAUGUACAGGAUAGAAGGUUACAAGAGCUUAGAGGAAGUUGAAUCAGUUCCUAACAGAGUGCAGAGGAGAGUGGAGAGGAAAUGGAGCUGGACCCCCGCACACACUUAAACCUCAUUAUAAAAACAAGGACACUGCUGCAAAUCAACCUACAGUAUAACAACAUCAUUAUAUUAUCCACACCCAACAUUUAUAACCGUAUAAAAAAAGGAAAAAGUCACUCAGAUAUGCAUCAGCCGUAUACAGAAAGAAAAAAUUAUGAAAGGAAAAGUGGUAAUGAUAAGAAUAAUUUAUAUAAAAUAAUUAUUUACUGUAUCAAAUAAAAUCAAAUGCUAAGAAAAAUAAAUGAGAAAAAAGCGAGAGAUGGCGAGAGGAGGAGAGAAAGUGGGAUCAAUGAAGAGAGAGAGAGGAGGAAAUAGGGAGAAAAGAAAAACCUACAGUAGGUAGCUCAAGGGCACGAGGCAAUCUCUAGUUAGUGUGUGUGUGUGUGUGUGUGUGUGUGUGUGUGUGUGUGUAUAUAUAUGAAUAAAUAAAUAUAUAAUUAUAUAUAUAUAUAUUUCUUUAUAUGUAUGUAUGCAGGACCAUAACUAGGUGUGUGCAGAGUGUGCUCCGCACAUAGCGCUGCAGGAUAGGGGGCGCUGUUGGCGGCAGUUUUCAAUCAUGAAUUAUCUAAUUACUUUCACUUGCAGCUUCCCCCCUUUUUAAAGCCCAACAUCUCCUUACCGCCAUGUCUCCUACUCGUACCCCUUUUGUUGCUAAUACCUAUACAGCAUUCAUAGACUUGAUUAGAGCGCUCUUUGGUGUUCUGUUGCACUGUCCUUUAUUACUUUUUGGGAUGCUGAUGUGCUCAGGAUUUGAAUCCGUUGCCUAUGACAUUGCAGUCAUCCGUUGCCUGCUCUUGCAUAGAAAGCUAGAGAAUUCCAACAUGGAGAGUUUUAACUAUUUGAAGCUUACCUUGUACUUUGUGAAGGGGUGAUCAGCGUUGCGGCUGGGCAGAUCUAUGUAGUGUGUGGCUGCAAGGGAUUGGAUGUGUGGCUGCACUUGAUUAUGGUGCUGUUUUUUUUUUUUUUUACGGGUACAGGUAGCUUCUUAUAGUUUGAAAUCUCAUAGUUUUUAUGUGGGAUCAAGUGGCUCGGUGGGUGGGGUGUUUGGCUGGGAUGCUGCAGGUUGUGGGGUUGAGUCCUGGGUGUGGCAGUAUAUUGAAAUGUGUUAUUUAAUGAGGGGUAUUGUGGCUAAAUGGCGGCAAGCUCUCGGGUUGAGCGCAUGAAUGUCGCAUAAAGAGAUUUGUGUCCAAAUCCAUUUUCUUGCAGUGUUUUAUAAAUGCGUGUAAUAUAUAUGAGGCAUGCGUUAUUGGAAAAAUAGGGGGGGGGGGGGCGCCAAUUCUCUUUCUGGCACUGGGCACCAAAAAGUCUAUUUACGGCUCGGUAUGUAUGUGAAUUUUUUUACUUCCUCUAGGUUUAGCUGACAUCUGCCUAAAUAUGAAUCAUACAUAUAGAUUGCUGGAAAUGUUAACAUUUGCAAUACUGUUGGUUCUGACCGUUCUGCCAAUCCAGUUGAAUUUAAGUUUUAUUCUACGUACUGGUCUUCCCAUUGUCCCACAUCAUCUGUACAUGUAUGGACAACUUUUUGAGAAAUAAAAUAUACAAUCAUU